UCCAAUUUUUUUUGCCGUAUUUUUUCUCUCUUCUGCUGCUUGCCCGAGAACGCCAUUUUGCAAAGGCCGCGCGUACACUUUAUGUUUGCGGGCGGAAAUCUUGCUGGCAAAGUGUGAAUCUAGCAAGCGACACAAUCCGGAACCGCAUUGGCCAAGGAUGUGUUCACCUUAAGCGAAAGCAAGUGGGUGCUUCCAGUGCACGGGUAAAGUUGGACCGCGUUCCUUCUCACCGUCCCAUAUAUCCAACUACCCGCCGGGGUGGGUGGCAGUGCGUGGUGAGGAGAGGUGGUCGGCCCGGACGAGUACUGCCGCAGCCGCCGUUGCCGCCGCCGUCGCGAACGUUUGUGCCGGGAUCGGUCGAGUGAAAAAAGUGGAAAAAGGGUGACAAAGUGCUGAAAAUCUGAAUUGCGAAUUGCGUGUGUGACCGUGUGUGGGCUUUGGGUUGGUGAAAAGAGGGAAGGAUUGUCCGGCUUCGGUCAGCGGAGGUUUUAACAGAGGGAGGGUAGACGUUUUCAUCUUUGACGCAGCUCAACAAACGGCCUCAGAAUGAUGUUCACCGGUACGAACCAGCAGCAGGAUUCGCGGUUCUCGGACAAGGAGAAGAAGCUGCUGAAGCAGAUGAAGUUCAGCGAUAAUCUCAACAAGCGGGUCGACAUGUCGAAGGUGAAGCUGGACGUGCUGCGCCCCUGGAUUAGCCAGAAAAUCACCGACAUGCUCAACAUCGAGGACGACGUCAUCGUGGAGUUUGUGUACAACCAGCUCGAGGAGGAGAAGUUCCCCUGCCCGAAGAAGAUGCAGAUCAAUCUGACCGGGUUUCUGAACGGGAAAAAUGCGCGCCUCUUCAUGGAGGACCUGUGGUCGCUGCUGCUCUCCGCGCAGGACUCCGACACGGGCAUACCGGAGGAGUUUAUACAGGCGAAAAAGGAGGAAAUCUUGAAGCGGGAGGAAGAGGCCCGGCUGCAGGAGGACGGUGGCCGGGGCCACCGCUCGAGAAGCCGUACCCGUGAUAAGGACGACGGUGGUGGUGGUGCGGGCAAAACAAAGCCACUCAAAACUGCACCACGGCCCAUGUACAAACCGGAACCGGAGGACUACAUCGACGAGGAGGAAAAGAUGAUCGAGGAGUUCAUCGAGGCCGACGUGCCCAAGGAGUCGAAGAAGGUGCUGCCGGCGGCUGUAGCACCGGCAGCGGCCGCCGCUGCUGCUGCCGUUGCUGCCGCUGCUGCCUCCGCCGGGGCGCUCGAGGACGCGGUGAAAAAUGAAAGCGCCACCAAGCCGGCAGCGGAUGGGCUGGAGAGAAGUGCAAAGGACCAUUCGGCUUCGCGGCGCAAAUCGACGGAACGUGGCAAAUCCGGUGAGCGCAACAAUGAUUCGCGGGCGCGUAGAAAAUCGCGUGAUCGUUCGCGUUCACGCACGGACCGGCGGGCGUCAUCACGCGACCGCCGAGGAUCGUCCCGCGAGCGCCGAUCGUCUAGGGAUCGACGGCGGUCACGUUCGCCCCGUCGUUCGGUGGACCGUUCGCGUAAACGUUCGAGCCGAUCGCCACGGGACAAGCGCGGUAAUGAUCGUGAUCGGCGGCGUUCGCGCAGCGGCUCUGCUGCGCGGAAGGAAAACAAGAACGGUAAUGGCAAUUCAGCCGCCUUGUCGAAGCUCCAAUCCAAGCUGAUGAACAUGGCCGAGGGAAAGAAGGCCGAAGGUUCGAACAAGAAAAGUCCUAGUCGCUCGUCUGCCGAGUCGCGUUCGCGCAGCAGGUCCGGAUCGGCAACGAAGGACGACAACCGCAAGAAGAGUGCUAGUCGUUCUCGAUCCCCAUCAAAGUCAAGAUCGAGAAAAGCGAAAAAGGGCCAGCAGGAUGGUGGUGGUGGUGGUGGCUCCCGAUCUCACAGCUCGAACUCCAACUCGUCCGGCUCGUCGUCGUCCAGCGACAGCGGGGACGAGAAGAAAUCGAAGAAUGCAAAGGGCGGCGGUGGUACGGCCGGCGCGGCGGCUAAAAAGCGCAACGGACGCAACAGUCGCAGCCGCAGUCGAAGCCACAGCCGCAAUCGGCGGGAUACGUCGCGGAGCCGUUCGGGCAGUAGCCGGUCGUCGUCGUCGCGCGGCCGCAAGCCGGAUGAUUUCGAAAUACAGAAGAAGGAAAACAGUACAAAAAAGCGUCACUAUCGCUCGAACAAAGAUUCGUCCGACUCAGAUGCGGAUGGCGGCCGGAAUGCGGCAGCGGCGUCCCGUCGCCGGCCGGGCGAUGGGAACAGCGGGGGAGGUGGCGGCGGCCGGUACGGUGGUCGGGGGAGACAAUCGAGAUCGCGAGCGGAGAUCGAUUUCCGCGGUCGUGGUCGCGAUGUGGGACCGGGCCGUGGCCGCGGUGGUGGCGGUGGUGGUGGUGGUCGGUCGAGAUCACGGUCGAGAAAUCGAUCCCGGUCGCGGUCGCGCAACCGAUCGCGCUCGCCCGGCAGAAGACGGUCCCGAUCGCCCGGUCGACCAGGUGGACGGGGCAAUGGGCGUGAUGGUAAUUACGGCCGUCGUCGCUCGCCACCAUCAAUGCGCCCGGGUGGCCCAGGCAGAGGCUCCGAUCGGGAUAUUCGCGAUCGUGACCGUGACCAGCGCGAUCGUCAAACUAUCAUCAGCAGCAGCAACAGCAGCAGCGAUACUCUGGCGGUGCUGGACCGGGUCGCCGUGGUUCGUCCCGUGACCGGGACGGUGGUGGUAGAGCGUGAUUCGUUCGGUUACUCUGGCCCCAACAACCCUAAUAAGUGGCGCCGCUCCGAUGAACCUCCGCAACGGCAGCAGCGACAGCAGAUGGGCCCGCCCGCAUCGAACCGGUACGAUGAUCGUGAACGCAACCAUCGAGAGGCUGGUGGCAACCGUUCGGCAGCAGGGCGGCGUAGCAACAGCAUCGAGCCACCGCAGCAGGAUCGGUUCCGAGGCAAUCAGGGAGCGCGUGGCGGAGCUAGGAAAGCUUCCCAAAGCCCCGCUGAGUCGACUGGCAGUCGUCGUUCUGUGACGCGCAUGUCUAAUGCGCGAGAUUCCACCGAAAUGCUGGACGAGGGUGGAGCGCAAUCAGAACGGCUACGCAAUUCGUCCGAUCGAGCUCGAGCGGAUAAGCCACCGCCGGCUAGAGGCGAGAGCACCGAAAGAGAAGAGAAAUCACGUGCACCGGCAGCUGCUGGUUCGGGUGGUUCCGGCGGUGCUCGUAAGCAACCGGAAGCUACCGUGGUGAUUUCCGAUGAUCGUCAAUCGUCGGCGGCGACUCGUGAAGCUAACAAAGCGCAGGACGAGAGCCGCAAGCCGGCAAAAUCAGCAACGAGCAAUAACGUACGCGUGGAACGGUCGGAGCGGGGCUACAGCAGCAGCCUUUCGCGAACUCCUUCUCCCUUCCUGAAGCCACACGAGCGUGAAGCGGCCGCCGCCGCCGCCGCAAACUCCGCCAGCACGGCCAGCUCGGCCGACCAGCGAAAGCAGCAACAGCAACUACAGCAGCAACUGCAACAGCUGCAGCAGCAGCAGCAGAAGCUACAGCAGAAAGCAGCGAAGCCCACCAGCAGACACAAGAAGCGUGCCAGCUCGGACAGCGACGACGACGACGACAGUUCCGGCAGCGAAAGUGAUGACUCACGCGACGACUCAAAGCAGCAGAAAAAGCUGCCAGCCCCAUCAACCGGUCGGCGGGGCGCCGAAGAGGACGACGAAGAAGCCACCAAGCAGGAAGGCGACAAAAAGGCUAAAAAGCGCAAGCAGAAGAGCAAGCAGGAGGCUAAAAAGCGCAGCAAGCGUCGCUCGUCUUCGUCCUCUUCGUCGAGCAGUGAGGAGGAGGAGGAGGAUGAUGACGAAGACGACCGGGGCAAAGAUAGCCGAUCGUCCGGCGAGGAAAGCACGGGGAAGCAACGAAAAUCUCGCACGAAAGACCGGCGGGAACCAAAGAAAGUGGCCGGCAAGGGAGCGGCGGAAGCGGCGGAUCAUGAUCGCCGUAGAAAGGAGGGCGGCGAACGUAAGACGCACCGCGACAGUACAUCCUCCGUCGAGCAGCACGGCGGUAAAAGGCGGAAAUACUCCACCUCGGAGAGUGGCCCGGGAGCAAGGGCAGCGACGACACACCCGGAAGACACAAAAUCCGGCACAAAAGCGCUUCCUCAGCCGAGCGCAAACAGCAACAACAGUGUGUCCUUAUCGUCCAAGGGGAAGGCGGUGAGUGGUAAGGUGGUGGCCCCGGGUGCGGCAGCGGACCAGCAGCAGCACCACAGUCGGGCCUCCUCCUCCUCGAGCGACGAUUCGGACGACCGGGUCUCGGAGCGGCAGCGGAAGAAGGCGCGGCGCAAGGAAAAGAAACGCCAGCGCAACGCCUCGCCCGACGAUGCGAGCGUUUCGUCCGGCAGCAAGCGGGACAAGAAACACAAGAAGAAGAAGAAGCACUCAAAGAAGAGUAAAAAGCAUAAAAAAAGCAAGAAGAGCAGCAAGUCGAGCAGCAAGUAUCAGCGCGACAGCUCGUCCUCCUCGUCGGACGAGGACGAGGCCAAAUCGGUGGUGCGUACGAAGAAGAGCCUGCUUGCGAUCGGUGCGAGCGGCGCUGGCGGCACGGUGAUCAACGACGAUCUGGAGAAGCAGCUGCGCGAGCGGGCCCUAAAGUCGAUGAAAAAGCAGCAAAGCAUCUCGGACUGAGCGCUGAGAGGGCAGGAUCGUGAACGUUUAAUUCAUUGUAUAGAUAGGCUAUAGGAGCGAGCUGUAGGGAGGGACAGAUUUCAUGCAUCCGCCACGAAAAACAAACCGUGAUCUCUCCCGGAAGCGUUUUCCCUUUCUUUCUCCACAACCCCUUGUUUCAUCGGUGGAUACAGUGGCGACGACGACGACGACGACAUCGAUUAUCGCGCGUAAAGCGCGGCAUUACGUAGUGGUGUGAUCCUGGCCGGAAGUGGUGUGGAGGUACGAUUUCGGCAAUCGUAUCGAUUCUCUCUGCUACAGUACACUACUUAGAUCCUAUACAUAUAGAUAUAUAGUGCGUAGGGGGGAUGGGCAGGGACACUUUUCGCGUUGGGGUGGAAUGUGUAUGUGUGUGUGUUUUGUGUGUGGAAUACCACGUUUCACGAAUGGCGCGCACCGUACUACGCCUACUAGGAGGUUCUACUUUUCGCGGAAGGAAGCGAUACAAAAAAAGGAUAAAAAGAAGAGCGAUAUAAGGAGAGAGAGACAGAGAGGGAGAGCAGCAAUUGAAGCAAUUGAUUGUGCAUUAGUGUGCUUGAAGGGUUUUAAAACAGCAAAUUCUGGACAAACAUUUGCUAUUUAGUAGUAUUGAAGCGCAGUACAGGGAGGGAGUGGAGUAUUUUUUUUUUAUUAGUACAGUUUUAGAAACCCACGACGUGUGGGCUAGUCCUUAAUUAACGUGCGUUAAAUUUCCACGCCGAUGACGGGGGAGGGCCAACCUUUUCCAAACAUGAUGGUUGCCAUGGCGACGGUGUUGUGCAGUGUCUAGCAAAGAGUGUUUUCCUUUCGCGUUGUCGUCACUGCACAUCCAUUUCUUCUCUGCAGCGCUCUCUCCCUUUCUAUCUCUUUCCCACUCUACUUCUUUUGUAUCUUUCGCUCGCUCCCUCUCGUCUGCGAUCAUUCUGUUUUCUUGCAAUUUUAAACAACAAAAUUCCAACACCGGAAAACGGAAUUGCUUGUUGGUCUCUAGUGUGAGAAUGUGUGUGUUAGUGUGUGUAUGUGUGUGUAUGUGUGUGUGUGAGUGUGUUCAUGUGUGUGUAACGAUGAAAGGCAAAACAAGCAGUUUAAAAUUUAAGUAACCAAAUUAGAGUAAAAAUUGCAUAAGAAAAAAAGGGUUAAUAAAAAAAACAAACAGAUAAUGAAAUCCUUCAGCUCCCUUCACGUUUCUCCUUAUCGUCGCUUGCGGUGAAAUAAUAAAAGCAAGGGUACAGCAAUAGUAAUAGUUAGCACGCAACAACACCAGCCGUUCCGUGGGUCGACGAGAAGCGUACCUAUCUAUUACUCUUUCUACUUUCGAAGGAAAUGUAAUUGAAUGCACCUUCAAAAACAAUUAUUUAAUCUCUGUGGGCAAUGAAAGGAAGAAAAAAAGCGCACUCGAAUGUGCUAUUUAAUAACAACAACUACACAAAACAGUAUAAAUUUGUUGAUACCGAACCUUCACAUGUCGCAAAAAGUACCAUGGAAAAGAAACUCUUCUUCAUGCUAAGAAAAGGGAGCACGUGGCAAUGAGAGAGAGAGAGAGAGUGGGUGUUCGAAAGCGGGGGGAACAACAUAAAUAUUGCAGACGUUGUAGAAACGCAAUUCAACCAACCAAGCGAAACACAAAUAAAGAAUAAUCAUAGAAAACAUUUCUAUAUCUGUAAUCCUUUCAA